ACAACUGGCCGGAGUAGUCAUGGGAGUGUCGGAGCGGCGGGGCAAUCAGCUGGCGGUGCAGGUGGCGGUGGUGGUGGUGGUGGUGGUCUUCACUUUCUGGGCCGUGCUCUUCGAUGGAACCCGCAAGCACACCCGCCACUUCGCCCCCAAGGAGGUGAGGGAGAAAGAGCUGGCAGGCUGGGGCGAGGACGGCGGGGGUGGCAGGAUCGAGGCAGGGGAGGGUGCUGCACGCUGCCCUCCGCCUAAACGCAUCCUGGCCUGGACAACCUUCUGGCGCCAGUACAGCUUCGCGUGGGAAAAAAUCUUCUUCAGACAGGUAUCCCGCCAGUGCCCGGAGAGUAGGUGCGAGCUCGUCUACGAACAUCAGCUCCUUGACUCAGUGGAUGCCGUGCUCUUCCACCCACCCGACAUGGCGCCCGCUUACGCCCUGCCCAAGACUCGGCCCCCUGGACAACCCUGGAUAUUCUUCUCCCUCGAAUCCCCCUCCACCCUAGAAUCGCAGGUUAAACUGAGCAAUCUGAGCGGCGUCUUCAACUGGACCAUGACCUACAGACGAGACUCCGACAUUGUGGUGCCCUACGGUGUGAUAACGCCCCGCCCCGUCACCCCCGGCCCCGAUAAGGAUUACUGGGCCAGAAAGUCGCAGAACAAGCUUGUGGCGUGGGCCGUGAGCCAUUGCAACACAGCGUCCAGGCGGGAGUGGUUCGUCAAGGAGCUGGUCCAACACAUAUCGGUGGACGUGUACGGGCGAUGUGGAAGCAAAAAGUGCGGGCGAAACCUCUCCUACAAGUGGGUGGGAACCUUCAACCAGACGGAGUGUAACACCAUGAUCGAGGGCUACAUGUUCUACCUCGCCUUUGAGAACUCCAUCUGUCAGGACUACAUCACAGAGAAAUUUUAUCAAGCCCUAACGUUGGAUGUGAUUCCUGUGGUGCUCGGGGGCGGGGACUAUCUGAACGAGGCGCCCCCACACUCCUACAUCGACGCCCUGGCCUUCCCCUCCCCGAAGAAGCUGGCAGAGUACCUGAAGCGAGUCGCCGAGAACAGGGAAGCUUAUAACAGGUACUUCGCGUGGAAACCGUACUACACGGUGGAGCUGGGUCAUCCGUUCCUCCCGUUCGUGUGUGACCUCUGCGCCAAGCUGCAUGACCCCGCCUCCCUCGCCGUCCCUAACGUCACCAGGUCGGCGAGUGAGCGCGCCGGCGUGGUGGGCGUGACGCGAGGGCGGGACGGCAACGGCAGCUAUCCGGACAUGGCGGGCUGGUUCUCCAAGGCCAGCGGGUGUCGCCGAUGGUGGAAGGACUCGCACGACCACAAGACACACAGCCAUACUAGUAGAUAGCAGCAGAGGGCCACGCGAGGCACACCCAUAGCAGUUAAGGAUAUGAACACACCCACAGCAGUUUUUAGUACCAUGAAACCACUUGACACCCACAUCAGUAACACAGUAAACACAGCUACAUAAGUUUUACAGAAUGGGAGGCAGUCU